AUGAUGGCUCGUCGUGGUAUAAUAGCAUGGCUCUCUCGAAUAGUAGUUGUACUUGUGUUCUUCUGCUGUGCAGCAUCUGUGUUCUACAUGUUGACCUGCACACCAAGAGGUAACCAUCAGCAACCUGCAUUCUUCAGAGUUAACAGCCCAACAGGAAAAGAGGAAUAUCAGGCAAUCCUACAAAAAGGAGAAGAAUAUUAUUGGGACCAUAUUAACAGCCUGAAAAAACAAAUUGCUGAGCUGAAAGAUAAGCUUAAGGAAAGGAGCGAACUACUGAAGAACAUGCAAGGUCAAGAUGCACAGGAGGUUAGAUUAGACCUAGGAAACUCUGAGAAAUCCCAGAAAACUCUGCUGCAGUUCCUCCAUUCCCAGAUUGACAAAGCAGAAAUACUUACUGGCAUCAAGCUACCAACUGAAUAUGCUGCAUUGCCCUUUGAAAGCUUCACUCAACAAAAAGUUUAUCAGCUGGAGAUGGGACUUUUACGUCAUCCUGAGGAAAAGCCUGUGCGUAAGGACAAGAGGGAUGAAUUGGCAGAAGCUAUUGAGUCAGGGCUGGAGAUUUUAAAUAGGCCAAAGAGUAACAGCAACAUAAAUCAUCGAAUAUACUCCAUCUCUGACUUCAUAGAAGGCAUUCACCGGACUGAAAGAGAUAAAGGCACUCUAUAUGAGUUGAUAUUCAAAGGAAGCAAAAAAUAUGAAUUCAAGCGCAUUGUUCUUUUCAGACCAUUUGGCCCCAUCAUGAAUGUCGCAAAUGAAAACCUCAAUAUGGCCCACACUCUUAUUAAUGUCAUAGUGCCACUGGCAAAAAGGGCCAGCAAGUUUCAGCAGUUUAUGCACAAUUUCAGGGAGGUGGCUAUGAAGCAAGAUGGAAGAAUUCACCUGACUGUAGUGUAUUUUGGAACUGAACAAAUGAGCAAAGUCAAAGAAAUCCUAGAAAACAUAUCCAAAUCAGCUAAUUUCAGAAAUUACUCAUUUAUCCAGCUGGAUGAAGCGUUCUCCAGGGGGAAAGGUCUGGACGUGGGUGCAAGAUUUUGGAAAGGAAACAACGUUGUACUAUUUUUCUGUGACGUGGAUAUAUAUUUCACAAAGGAAUUCCUGAACACGUGUAGAUUAAACACACAACCAGGAAAGAAAGUAUUCUAUCCUGUUCUUUUCAGCCAGUACAACCCAAGUCUAAUAUAUGGACAGCAAAAUUCCAUUCCACCCUUAAAACAACAGCUGGUAAUAAAAAAAGAGACAGGAUUUUGGAGAGACUUUGGGUUUGGAAUGACUUGUCAAUUUCGUUCUGAUUACAUCAAUAUUGGAGGGUUUGAUCUUGACAUUAAAGGAUGGGGAGGAGAAGAUGUACAUCUGUACCGUAAAUACCUUCACAGCAACCUCAUGGUUAUCAGGACACCAGUCCGGGGACUUUUCCACCUUUGGCAUGAAAAGCAUUGCUUAGAUGAGCUGAACCCAGAACAAUACAAGAUGUGCAUCCAGUCUAAAGCUAUGAAUGAAGCUUCUCAUGACCAGCUAGGCCUGCUGGUCUUCCAACGGGAGAUUGAAGCUCAUCACCGUAAACAAAAAGCAAAUAAUAGGAAUAUGUGA